AUGGCCGCAGCCGGCUUUCCAUGGCAAGCACAAUCUCAAGUCAGAGAGCCCACCUAUCUGGACGAAAAGAGUGUCGAACCCGCAAGAUCCGAGAGCAGGACGAUCGAAUCCCAUCAGAAUGACACAAUCAACAGUUCUGCGCAGCCUCAGCACCAUGCUAAACGUUGCUCAAAUUCCUACAAUGGCAAGCAACGUGCGAAUUCGGUCAAGAAAUACCCACCACCCAUAGUGGCUGGCGCAAGAAACUCUACCGAAGGGUCACGAAAACAAUCCUCUCCGUUGCCUGUUCGCACUCUUCCCGCCUGGAUUCGCGACGCCGAAGAGGACGAUCUCGACUAUCUCGACUCAAGCCUCCUAGACAGUCCAGAUGCUGCCUUCCUCGCGCAUCAUAACCAUAGCCCGUCGGCCCUUCGGCGGCCUCAACACUCCGGUUUCCCCCGUGAACAUCGAGGUUACCCUACCUCUUCGGGCGCUGUACGGCCAGAGCGGACCUCGAGAUGGAUCAGUUUUGCCCGAGCAAGUGCGUAUCCUAGAGAGCAGUUCGACGGGGAGAAAGUGGACAAGGAAUGGCUCGAUCGAAAUUUCACGGACUAUUCUCAGCCUUGGCUUGCCAACCAGGACGACGAUGAUGACGAGGAGGGUGUUAGUCGCUAUCGUGCUUUCCGCAGAAAACGACAAGCAUGGUACAAGCGAGCGCAGUUCACCAUUCUUCGAAACCCCUUCAUUCCACUGGCUUUCAGGUUGACUGUUAUUACCUUUGCUCUGGUUGCAAUUGGAUUAGGAGUGACGAUCUUCAAAGAAACCGGCAGGAUUACUAGGUGCGUGGGCGAGGCUCCAGGUAGCAGAGAUGCCGCUUGCAGCGCUCUUGUGGGCAACUCGCCUGUCUCGUAUUAUCGAGAUCCAUCCGCGCUAAUGGCUAUCAUUGUGGACGUGAUAGCCGUGGUUUACACCGGCUACAUCACCUAUGAUGAGUAUUUCUCCAAACCCCUUGGCCUCCGGAAGGCUAGAGCAAAGAUCCGCCUGGUGCUCUUGGAUUUAUUCUUCAUCGUCUUCCAAUCGGCCAACUUAAGUCUAAGCUUCGAAUCUUUGACUGUAGACGAGGGCGCCUGUGCGGUUGGCGACGGUCCAGCGACGUUCACACGGUUCAAUAACGUCUGCAACCGACAGCAAGCUUUGAGUGCUGUGCUUCUGGUGUCAUUGGUGGCCUGGCUGCUCACCUUCUCUGUGAGCGUCCUUCGGUAA